AGGGUGGAGAGAGAAGGGACUGUGGUGGUGAAAAGGUUGUUGAGUAUGUUCUGUAGCACUAGCUACAGACACUCUCACAUCACUUGCUGCUGCCAGGGAGAGCCUGUAGGUGGAGGAGUCUGGGCUCCAGCCUGGGCUGAGGCUGCCGUUGCUGACAGCAGGCAGGGGCUGGGCCUAAAAGGCAGCAAGACAGAAGAAGCAGGAACAGCCGAGAUGGUAGAGAGCAGAAGCAGGAAGCCCCAAACACAAAGGCACUAAGGCCCCUUUAUGAGCAGAAAUUCUAAUAAGGAGCAUUUGACCAUCUGAUCUCUUAAAGUUGAACCUUUCGAUACCAGGAUUAGGAACAAGUGUCUUCAGAAUCAAUAUGUAGCAAAUGGGUAUCACUCAACUGAAGUUGGUCCCUCAAGCCAACAUAUUUGUGUUUUAAGGAUCCUUGUACUUUCAGCAGUGAAUUAAUUGUUUUUUUGUUAACCGAAAAAAGUGGAUUUCAUGUGGUGCUUGCUAAACAUUGAAUCACCAUGAGUAGUAAUCUAGGAAAAGAAAAGGACUGUAAAGAGAAGGAUCCAAAAGUCCCAUUGGCAAAGGAACGGGAGAAGGAGUCUAAGGCCUCUGGAGGAUUUGGGAAAGAAAGCAAAGAAAAGGAGCCUAAGACCAAAGGGAAAGAUGCCAAAGAUGGAAAGAAGGACUCCAGUAGUGCACAGCCUGGGGUAGCUUUUUCAGUAGACAACACAAUAAAACGACCUAAUCCAGCCCCAGCUGCUCGCAAAAAAUCCAGCAAUGCUGAGGUGAUCAAAGAGCUAAAUAAAUGCCGAGAAGAGAAUUCAAUGCGCUUGGACUUGUCCAAGAGGUCUAUACACAUGCUUCCAUCAUCUAUCAAAGAGUUGACACAGUUAACGGAACUUUAUUUAUACAGUAACAAAUUGCAGUCUCUACCUGCAGAGGUGGGCUGUCUUGUGAAUCUGAUGACACUGGCUUUAAGUGAGAACUCGCUUACCAGUUUGCCUGACUCUCUUGAUAACUUGAAGAAAUUGCGCAUGCUUGAUCUACGGCAUAACAAACUUAGAGAAAUUCCGUCAGUGGUGUACAGGCUAAAUUCUCUUGCCACUCUUUAUCUACGCUUUAAUCGUAUAACUACUGUGGAAAAGGAUAUCAAAAGCUUGUCAAAACUCACCAUGCUUAGCAUACGAGAGAACAAAAUCAAGCAACUACCUGCUGAAAUUGGUGAGUUGUGUAACCUCAUAACUCUGGAUGUAGCGCACAAUCAGCUUGAACAUCUUCCAAAGGAGAUUGGAAAUUGCACACAAAUCACCAACCUUGACUUGCAGCACAAUGAGCUUUUGGACCUACCAGAAACCAUAGGAAAUUUGUCCAGUCUAAGUCGUCUUGGCCUAAGGUACAAUAGACUGUCGGCAAUCCCCAAGUCUUUAGCAAAAUGUAGUGAACUUGAUGAACUGAAUUUGGAGAACAACAACAUUUCUACUUUACCAGAGGGUCUUUUAUCGAGUCUUGUGAACCUGACUAGUUUAACAUUGGCCAGGAACUGCUUCCAGUCAUAUCCAGUGGGUGGCCCAUCACAGUUCUCCACAAUCUACUCUCUCAACAUGGAACACAACCGCAUCAGCAAAAUCCCGUUUGGAAUUUUCUCUAGAGCUAAAGUGUUAAGUAAGCUGAACAUGAAGGACAAUCAGCUAACCUCGCUCCCCUUGGACUUUGGGACUUGGACCAGCAUGGUGGAACUGAAUUUAGCCACUAAUCAGCUCACAAAAAUUCCUGAGGAUGUGUCUGGGCUAGUUUCCCUUGAGGUUCUUAUCUUGUCAAAUAAUCUUCUGAAGAAACUUCCCCAUGGCAUUGGAAACCUACGGAAAAUAAGAGAGUUGGAUUUAGAGGAGAACAAACUGGAAUCCUUGCCAAAUGAAAUCGCUUACCUUAAGGAUCUGCAGAAAUUGGUCUUGACUAAUAAUCAGUUGACCACCCUUCCAAGAGGAAUUGGUCACCUCAUCAAUCUAACACAUCUUGGGCUAGGAGAGAAUCUUCUCACACACCUUCCUGAAGAAAUUGGUACACUGGAGAAUCUGGAAGAACUGUAUUUGAAUGACAACCCCAAUCUGCACAGCCUUCCCUUUGAGCUGGCGCUCUGCAGCAAACUGUCAAUAAUGAGUAUUGAGAACUGCCCUCUCAGCCACCUUCCACCUCAGAUCGUUGCUGGGGGACCCUCGUUCAUCAUUCAGUUCCUAAAAAUGCAGGGACCAUAUCGUGCCAUGGUCUGAUGUAAAUUGGAUUGUCCCAUACACUGUACAAAAUACAAACUGCAUUAAUGUUGUCAUUAUAUAUAAUAUAAUAUAAUAUAUACAUAUAUUAUAUUAUAUAUAAAAAUAUAUAAAUAAUAUAAAAAGGCAAAUUUAAGACUGCAUUAUGUGUUUCUGCUAAUAGAGGAAUCAUAGCCAUUUAGAUUUUUUUUAUUCUGUAAAAAUGCUUGUGUAAGUUUUCUUUGCUGAAUUUGGUGGAUGUUUGUCUGAGUAAUCUGGAAAUGCCAGUUCACUUAAAGCAAUUGCCAGCGAAUUCAAAAGUUGUUAAAUUUAAGGGACAAGAGUAGUUUUUACUUAGAUCUACUUUCAGUUAGCAAAAAAUGCGCAAUCUUUUAUGGUGAACUUUUCUUUUCUGUUUUCCUCUCUCUCCUGUGUGUCAAAACCUGGUAGGGUCACACAUCCUGAAGUUGGUGGGAUUUUCUUUAAUUUAUUUUGAGAUUUGAAACAAGCGGUGUUUUUAUAUUGUUUACAGUCAGAGUAAAUCACUGGAUUUUGUUUUGUUUUGAUUUGCUCUGUUUUAAUCAAUCUAGAAUUUAUAUGCUUCUGUUGAAGAAUUUUUAUCAGCUGGUUUGUAUACUAAAAAUACUUACUCAUCAAAACAACUGGUAGGUGGAAAAGAUGCAGUCAAAAAAGCUUGAAUUCUUGUAAGUCUUGCUUCCCUGAGUUAUCAGUUGUGGGCAUAACAUAUCUGAACUGAGCCUUUUGUUGUUGGUCUUUUCUAGCACAAGUAACCUUUUCAGAUUGGUAAAAAUAUUGAAUAGUCUCAGUGAAGAGCAGUUUUUGUUUUGUGAAGUUACAGAUUCAUAAGGUCUAACAGUAUAGUUGAAUGGCAAGGAAAUAAUAUAUAUAUUAUCUUUUUUUUGUUAUAGUGUUGGGUCAUAAACGACAACAGGCAAUUUUAAGGAUUCCUCAUAGUCCUUGUACAAUAAAUGAAUGUCUUACUUUUAAACACUGCAAUAUAUGUAAGUUUUAAGGUUGGUUAACAACGUACUAUGGUUUUAUAUCUUGACUUGCCUUGUACCUCCUUCCAUUAUGGAACUUCUCUGUCCAAGCACAAUUGCUUCACACUGUGCUGUUUUGCUGCUGAACUAAAUGCACUUUUCCCCACAGCUGGGGCACUUGCUUCAAAAUAUUCAGUUCAGUGCCACAUCUAUUUUUUUUAAUCUCAUCCUGUCAAUUUCAGUAUUAAAGAACGUUCUGGUAAAAAGAGGCACCUUUUCAUUUGUGCACAGAUGUUGAUAGCUCAGUAGAAAUACUGUAAGUGGUUCACAUGCGAUUUUAUUUGAAUUUGCGUGGCUGCUUAGAAAGCUAAAGAUGCUGCAGUGAAAGAGAUACUGUCACUCCACUUGCAUUGCCAGUUUAAGAUGACCUUUUCUUUAAGAAGAUGGAAACUCUAAAGGCAGUUACAUUUCAGAUGUUGGCUAAACUGUCCAAUUUAUACUCAUUAUAAUGGAAUUGCUGCUGGAUUAUUGUGCUUUAGAGAUGACUGUAUCUUUUAACAAAAUUAAAUCAAUUGAUGUCAGAAAAAAUCUAUUUCACAUGCAGAAGUUUGGGGGAGUAUAAUUUUUGGCUUUUAGACAAGCUUAAUUUUAUGUACUGCCUUUGGUCUAGUUUUUCCAGCAUUAACAGUAACUUGCAUUCUGUUUUGUCUGAUGUUUUUUCAUUAACAAGGAACAACUUUUAAAUGGAAGGCAGGUGGAGAUAUAAAACCGUAGAGGGCUCAAACGUGCUGUAAAACUAUUGUAGAUGUCACUGGAUUUUACCAAGUAAUGUCCGUUCCCUUCCCUUAUUUUUUACAUCUACUGUAGCUUUUCAGUUUAGAUUUUAGUUUAUAAAAGAAACUAGUUAUUACAGCUCUGCCUGGAGAUAAUCUUUUUCAUCAGUAAAGUGUUAAAAUAUGAAUGCUGAAAUGUGUAGCUUUGAAGACUGUAAUCUAACUUCUGAAUUUACUGCUGAAACCUACUUCUUGCUCCCUCAGUUCACUUGGGAAAACAGUUUUUGAUUAAUACGAUUCCUUAAAACAAAGGUGGCUGCCCCUGUGUCUCAAAGCAUAUCAGUUGUGUUCCCCAUUUGCACCCCAAUCCCAUUUUUGAUGAGAGAAUUUGCCCUUUAACUUAUAAGACAACUCAUGUCUCAAUCUGUUACAAUAGAGCAAGAUUUUAGGUGUGUAUUACAGUAGGAAACUAGCCCAAGAGGAGUCAUUUUAGAUGCUUCUUAAAAGUUUCAAAUAGGGCAUCUAAUAGCAGGCUGCCUCCUCCUGAAACGUUUCCAUUGCCACUGUUAGACAGUCAGGUAUAGGUGCUGUUGGGCUGCAUUUACGGAAUUAAGAUUGUUUAGUAUGUAAAUAUUUUAAUCUGGUUUAUUCAUCUUGUUGAGGUACAUGGUUAAUGACUGUACAAUUGGAGCUGACCCCCUCUUCCAAAAACUUGGUUGGAUGAGAAGUUGGUUUACCAAAAAUACUUUUUACACUCUUUAAAAAAAAAAAAAAAAAA